AUGCGUUUCUCUACUGUCUCCGUCUUUACUGCCCUUGCGGCCCUUGCUAGCGCUGUGUACACCACUCCGGACUACACCAAGGGCCCCGUUGGCAAUGCCAUCACCUCCCCCGGCCUGAACGAGAUCGUGCCCGAGGGCAAGGCCUACACCAUCAAGUGGAUCCCCUCUACCCCCGGCCCCAUCUCUCUGGUCCUUCUGCGCGGCCCCUCUACCAAUGUCCUGCCUCUCCAGACCAUCGCCGAAGCCAUCCCCAACAGCGGCGAGUACACUUGGACCCCUGGCACUGACCUGGAGGCCGACGUGACUCACUACGGUAUCCUCCUCGUUGUCGAAGGCACCGGCCAGUACCAAUACUCCACCCAGUUCGGUAUCUCCGCUCCUGCUGGCCCUGUCCACACCUCCAUCUCCACCAUCGAGACUAAGCCUGCUGCCCCUACUGCCGCCCCUACUGUCGGCCCUACCACCAUCGUUGAGGUUAUCUCGAGCACCACUUUCUGCCCUGAGGAUGAGACCACCGCUCCCGCUGUCACCUUCGUCCCUCCCCCUCCUACCACCGCCACCGAGAGCACCGAGGUCACCACCACCAUCUGCCCCGAGACCGAGACCGAGGCCCCUGCCGUUACAUCCACCCGUGUGACUCCCACCGGCAACCGCGCCUGGACCUCCAUCCGUCUCACCACCAGCGCUGCUCCUACCGGUGUUACCUCCGCUGCCCCUGCGGCUUCUUCUCCCGUCUACACCGGCGCUGCUGGCCGCAACGUCAUCAGCUUCGGUGCCGUCAUGGCUGGUGUUCUUGCCGCUUUCGCCCUCUAA